AUGUUGGAACCACUGAUCGUGCUGACAGUAUUGAACUGUUUCUUCAUGUUCAGCUCGACGGUGACAACCUGUGCAUUGUGGUAAUCGAGAUUUUUUUCACGAUCAUCCGUUUCUACACGUAUUUCUCCUCUUCGUUCUUCGUGUCAUCGUGACAGGUGGCAGUAUCGAACUCAUCGUUGCUGCUUCAAGAAAGAUCCCCUCAGCACCAGGUACAAUUUGUCCAAGUCGAAGAGCAACAACAACAACAACAAUUCGUCGAAAAAGACUGUACACUUGAGACAGGAUAACGGUGCGAAUCUUGUCGCUCGUAGGAAAUCGAAUUCGACGAUGAACCGAGAAGGCAAGAGCAGGAGGAGCUCAAAACAGAAAUCGAGAUCGGGUGCGAGACAUCAGUCGAGGAGCAAGACACCCAGCGACGAACGACUGUCGUCCAUUUUUUCAAAGAAUUUCCCUCGAAAUUUAAAAGCAAAUAACGAACGUGCACAUUUCAGAGACGCGAUGGAAAGUUGGGAGCUCGAGGACAGAACGAGAAUGUCGGAGGCGUCGCAGACAGCAAACGCAGACCCGAAAUCGGCGGUGGUGAUGGAAUACUCGACCGUGCAGAAGAUCGUCCAGAUUCUAGACAAUGACACGGACAUUUGUGCGACGAAAAUGGUCAUGAGGGAUCUCAGUGGUAGGCAAAACGCCGAGGAGAGGAAAGCAUCCAUGAUCGAGUCGCAAUUCGAGCCUCAGCCUGUGUAUACAACCUCUGAAUACACACCGACGACUCAGGAUUAG